GGGAAAUGUGGCUCUAGUCAGACUUGCGUACAAAACAUUACUUGACCCAGUACGUGACUCGUAUUGGAGUUCCCCUUGGAACUGAACUUUAAAAACAUGAAGUAGGUCCUCCGAGCUGUAUAUAAACGCAUCACAGGCAUGUGUAGAGCGAGCAGUCAAUAUUUAACACCAGAAGAGUCACUAUGACACUGUCAUCUGUCAUCAAAGCUCUGGGCUCUUUAAGUCUAUUGCUAGCGGAUUCCGCUCCAGUGCCUCAAUAUGGGGUGCCAGUCAUCAUUGGACCUGACGACAUGCAAGUCAAAGCUCAACCAGGGCAUCCAUUGAUUCUCCAUUGUGAAGCUUUGUCCAACUGUGGCCAUGAUAUGGCCCUCCUCUACUGGCUCAUCAAUGGCUCAUUCCCUGAAGAUAUUCACAACAAUAACAGAAUAACCGAGAUAGAGACAUCCACCUUAGAGGAUGGUCAAACUCUUCUCGGGAGUUUGCUGCUGAAGAAUGUCACCUCAGAGGACCUCAACGCCACUUUCACCUGUGUGGUUAGCAGCAGUGUUGGAAUGGCUCAUAAGAAUGUAACGCUAACAGAAAAAGGCACUAAAUGUUGGGGGGAAGAGAAAAUCCAGAGCGCUGUUUGAUAUUUGUCUAAAUACCUAGAAUGCUCAAAUUCAAGCCAGCAUUUUCAAUAUUUGACAGAAUGUAUGUUUAAGUACUAUUAAGAUUCUGGUUUGGCCACUAGUACUGUAGUUCCGUAUUCACUCCAGCAGGGGGCAGUGUAUUGCGAGAAAGAGGCGGAGCCCAGCCUACUGUUCAGAAACAAAAGAGCUGCCUACUUCCUCAGGAUAAUAGUAACUGACUUAAGAUUCAUUUUCUCUUCCACCUUGAAGCGUCUUCUAUAAAUCUGACCCAAGUCGUCCUCACAUGUCAUUGAACUGGAACUAAGGAUUAGUUUGGUUUUACGGUCUGAUGUUUGUAUUGCCAGCAAUGAAAUGUGCAAUCCAAUAAGAAAUAAAUUUGUACACAGCUUGA